GGACUAUCAUUUUGGUGUUCUCAUGAACUAACUAUCCAAAUCACUUAGCAUUGAUCCUAUGACACCCAUCAACUGAUGACAAACCAAGUUGUUUUGAAGUAUGAAAAGCUAGAGAAAAUUGGAGAAGGUACAUAUGGUAAAGUCUAUAAAGCGAGGAACCGAGAGACACAUGAAAUUGUUGCACUUAAACGUGUUCGACUAGAAAAUGACGAUGAAGGUAUUCCUAGUUCAGCUUUUCGAGAAAUAUGUCUCUUAAAAGAACUUAAACAUAAAAACAUUGUCAGACUUUUUGACGUCCUGUUAAGCGAGUCAAGGCUAACAAUUGUAUUUGAAUAUUGUGAUCAGGAUUUGAAGAAAUACUUCGACAGUUGUAAUGGUGAUAUAGAUCAGAAUACUGUAAAGCUUUUCAUGUUCCAACUUCUACGUGGUCUUCAGUUUUGUCACAGUCACAACGUUUUACACCGAGACUUGAAGCCACAAAAUCUACUGAUCAAUGAUAAUGGAGAGUUAAAGUUGGCUGAUUUCGGUCUGGCUCGCGCAUACGGAAUACCCGUGCGACAAUACUCAGCAGAAGUUGUCACACUCUGGUAUCGACCACCAGAUGUUCUUCUUGGAGCUAAAUUAUACACAACCUCAAUUGAUAUGUGGUCAGCUGGUUGUAUUUUCGCUGAAAUGUCCAAUGCUGGAAGACCACUUUUUCCUGGUUAUGAUGUUGAUGAUCAAUUGCAGAGAAUUUUUAAAUUAUUAGGAACUCCGACUGAAUCAACCUGGCCAUCUGUUGUUGAAUUACCCGACUAUGAAAGGAAAUUUUGUCAGGAGACGGGAUCCAGCGAUGAUCUAAUGGCUACACCUUCUACUUGUUUAUAUAGUUCAUUGUUAAAUCGAAAGUUGGCAUCCGUCGUACACACAAGAAUUAACUCUUAUUAUACAAUCAUGAACCAAGGUUUUUAUGUUUCUGUCUACUUGUUUACCGUAAAUAAAACUCAGUUUCUAGUGUGAAAAAUUAGGAAAUUGAAGCGAUACAUUUAAUACUCGGAAAAAGUUGUUUUUAAUCACCAGUUCUUUUUAAAUAUUAUCAAUAAAUUUACGGGGGGUUUCCGAAUUGCUGUUAAAGGCUUCUUUAAACGGUUUGAGAAUUUGUGUGGAAUUGUUCGUAUCUAAAACAGGUCGAAAGGAUGUUUAUUUUUAUUUAUUUAUUUAUUUGAACACAUAAAUAUUGGUACAAGGGGGCACCAAAUAUAUAUGCACCACACGAAACGAUGAGAAUGGGAAGAGAAAAAAAGAAGGUAAGGAGCGUUAAAGAAAAAAAAGAAGAGGAACGAUAACGACCAGAUUAGUGUAAGGAAGUGUAAUAAUAAUAGUAAUGGGGGAAACGGAAAGGUACAACCAGAAGAAAUCUUUUAGUUAAGGAUACAACCACUUUUUAUGAAGAAAGUAAAAUGGUUACAGCAGGGUCGCCACUGGCUUCUAUUCUGAGUCAUAUCUGAUAAAGUCUCUAGCCACUGUGUCGCACUAUCUCUCGGACCCCAGCCACUGAGUCAUGAGGGACCAACAGAAGUCAACCCCUUGCAUCUUUCUUUCAUGCCACGACACUAUGUCAUAUACUGACCACCUCUCCGCUUUUUCCAACCAGUCCCAGAGUCGGCAAAUAAUGCACGACGUGGAAUUCUCUGUGACGACAUUCGUAGAACAUGUCCAAGCCAUCGAAGUCGGUGUUCCAAGAUGGUGACGCCAAUUGGAUUAUCGUCUCUGCGCCCGAACACACGAUGCCGAACCUCUGCAUUACUAACAUGGUGUUGCCUCUAGAUGUCAGCAAUCCUUCGGAGACAGCGAUGAUCGAACACAGAGAGUCGUCUAAUGUAUGUAAUUUAGACAAGCCAAGUAUCCUCAGCGUUACCGUUCAUUUAGAUCUCAACAUUUAUUCGUCCUAUCUAUUUUAUUUUGUACAAAAUGUCUGAAUGAGAACUUUCAUUAUACUAAAUUCCAUCUUAUUGUGCUCACAUGACAUGUUAAAUACUCGUUCGAUACCUUGGAAGUAUGACAUCUGACUCUUCAAAUCCCAACAUAUAUUUAUAACGGUUAACUUAUUAUUUUCUUCUAUCUUACAUUUUGGUAGUAAAAAAUCUCAUACAAAAAAAUGCGUAUUUAACAUGAAUAUGUAAGAAUUUUUACAUAUGUUUAUAACCAAUUUUAUAUUCAUUAAGCUUUUCACAAUUUUGUGUAUAGUAAUAAUAAUAAUAAUAAUAAUAA